GAUACUGACGAGUUCAGGGAGUACCAGAAUCUUCUGGGCAAACCAGUGGAGAUGCGCUGGUACAGCAUGGCAUCAAAAGAAGAGGUUUCUUCACUGGGACACAAAUAUGAAGAAAUGGUCAUCAAAUGUAGGGCCAAUAACAAAGUAUGCAACGAGAGUGUCGUAGUUAACAUCACAGUGUCACAGGAGUAUGGCAACUGUUUCUCAUUUACACAACAAGAUCCUAUUUCUACGAGCGGAAAAGACUAUGGUCUGAGCAUCUGGUUCAACCUUGAAGUGUACGAUACUUUGGGUCUGUUUACACCUACUUCCGGUCUAAAAUUGUUCCUAACUCCUCCAGGAAAAACUGAUAGGAAUGGAAAUGUUUUCGUGGACCAAACAAGUGAGCUAAGUCUCCCGCCGGGGUUUGAACAUCUGGUGUCCGUGCAACCCAGUUAUAUUCAGAAACUAGCGAAACCAUUCAGUUUAUGCGAGUAUUAUGGCGAGGGCAACUGGGAACGAUUCAACUCCCGUCAUGAGUGUUUGAAGGAAUGCAUGGACUUGAUGAAGGUAGAGCAAUGUGGCUGCGCCGAUAACCUCAUGGUCCAUCAAGCUCCUCUUUGCUCUCUCGACCAAAAAGAGCAACGGGCUUGCGUUGAUUUCAUAAACGAGAACUCAAACCCCAACAAAGAAUGCGAAUGUCCAAACGAAUGCCAUGUCGAGUCUUAUGAUGUCAAGAUCACUCAGCUUGAAUGGCCAACAAAUCGCUCUAUUGCUCGAUUUGUAGCCAAUUUGUACCAAGAUCUGAGCAGACCAGCUAUUAACUAUCUCGUGUCAGCUAUCAAUAGAUACACAGAAGACAAAAAAGAAAAUACUCAGCAAGCAUUGACUCAACUGAGGUCAAAUUUUGGAAGUGUGACAGUGUACUUUCGUGAUCUCUCAGAAGCAAUUAUUGUUGAGCGGCCAGUUUACAACUUCGUCCUGAUUAUCUCAAAUUUUGGCGGCCUGCUGGGACUCUAUUUGGGAGUGAGUGUUUUGACAGUUUUGGAAGUUGUCGAUUUUGCCUUCGACGCCAUUGAGUAUUUGCGAAUAAGAGGAAAGAAGAAAAUGUUUGAAAAGAAUUUGGACGAAACUCCUGACAAGUGUAAUAAAACAUUUUCUCCGGGAUCUGUCGCAGUUCCGAAAUAUCUGAAUGGUCACCAAAUGCAAAAAGUUUUUUCUCAAGGACAAGAAAACCAUGGGUUUUUCUGA